AGUGUUGGGGACCAGGAGGCUUCGGAGUCAAGACACCGCAGUCAGAGUGCCGGGGAUGAAGCUGGGGGCCACCUGCCUCCUGUGCCUGCUGCUCGUCUGCCUGACCCUGCCCGUCGCCCAGGGCCGCAUCCGCGAACGCUCCAUGGAAAUCAGGAAUCCGGACAUCGACCCCUCCUGGUACACAGGCCGUGGGAUCAGGCCGGUGGGGCGGUUCGGGCGGCGGCAAGCCCUGGGUGUGGGCACCCAUCCUGGGGGGGCUGGCCGGCGGCAAGCCUGUGCCCCCCCCCCCAAGGUGCAUUCCUGCAGUGUAAUUCAUAAUGUGCACAUUUUCUUUGGCUCUUACAUUGGCAAUAAAUCAGUGAUUUCUCCAAAGAAUGGGCUGUGA